UUAAAUUGCGUAAUUAUUGUUAUAAAACUAUAUGUUAGAAUAUAGAAGUAUUCUGAAAAAUACGAAAACACAUCUUCAUUGUGGAGAAUUUUCCUUAAAACGUAUUUAUCUUUUUUUCACGAAAGUACCAACAGAUACCGUCAAGUGCAUUCGCUUUGAUUAGCCAGUGAGCUAACAUGUGACUCGUUUUUAUGAAAUGAAAAGCAAAUGUCAUACUUUAUAUAAAAGACAGAAAGCCUGCAUUUUUUCCCAGAGGAAACUGUUUUGAGUCUGUCUGUGUUUUAUAUUUUAAUAGACUGCUUUUAUUUACGACUCUUGCAAAAAGGUUAAUGUUUAGCAUGUCCUCUUUUAGCCACUAUCAGCACUGUUAGCAUCGGCGCUUGACGGGAUACAACUAGUAGAUUUAGUGCAAAAUGUCUGCGUGUAAAAGGCUGAUUUACGUCUUAAAGCAAAGGAGCUUGUGGGGGAACAUUCGGAGAAAUGUCACUACAUGGUCACCUGUUGGAGCUGCAUUUAAUGCCAAACCUUACAGAAGACUGGAUCUCUUUGAAAAAAAUGUGGGGUUGUUUGGAGUGUCUGAGCUCAACAGUCCUGCAGGCUUCCAGGUAGCCUCAAAAACAGCCCUGAAGAACACAGAGAGAUUGGUAGAAAAAGUUUGUACCUCCCCUCCAGGUGUUGAGACUGUCGAGUGUUUUGACCAGCUUUCAGAUGGGUUAUGUAAAGUGGCAGAUCUGGCAGACUUUAUAAAGGUAGCUCAUCCAGAUCCAGCAUAUCGUGAAGCUGCAGAGAAGACUUGCAUCGAGAUUGGCACAGUUGUGGAGAAGCUGAAUACCAAUGUUGAUUUAUGCAAGAGCUUAAAGAAUUUGUUGGAAAACCCAGAAGUGGUGAGUCGGCUGGAUCCCGACACAAGACGAGUUGCUGAGUUGUUCAUGUUCGAUUUUGAAAUCAGUGGAAUUCAUCUGGACGACAAACUGAGAAAAGAGGCUGUUAGCCUUCAUGUGAAGCUGUUGGAUCUAAACAAUGAGUUUCUCAUUGGCUCUCACAUGCCAAACAGGAUCGCUAAGUCUGCCAUUCCUGAACAUCUACAACUGCAUUUUGCAAGCGAAGGAAGCUUCGUUCAAAUUGGGGGUUUACAUGCAGAUUCCCCUGACGACUUGCUAAGGGAGAUUGCCUACAGGGUUUACCUUUAUCCCAACGCAGAUUUAAUGGAUUGUCUGGAAGAGCUACUAAAAUGCAGAUACAAACUGGCCAAACUGGUGGGUUACGAGUCCUACGGACACAGAGCCCUGAAGGGAACCAUGGCCAAAACGCCAGAAACAGUGAUGAGAUUUCUCCAGUUAUUAACAGACAAGCUGUCAAACAGGACAGCGAAAGAUUAUGAGAUGAUGAGAGACAUGAAGAAGAAACUCAACCCUCGCAAUUUCGAGCUAAUGCCCUGGGAUCAUCCAUUCCUCAGUGGUGUCUUGCGUGCCGAAAGAUACAACAUAGAGCCUAGUCUGUACAGUCCCUACUUUUCUCUUGGUUCCUGUAUGGAGGGCUUGAACAACCUUUUUUCUCAGCUGUACGGUGUCUCUCUCAUGUCUGAACAUCCCAUUGCUGGAGAGGUGUGGAGUGAAGAUGUCCGCAAACUGGCUGUGGUGCAUGAGACGGAGGGAUUACUGGGAUAUAUCUACUGUGACUUUUACCACCGAUCAGAAAAACCUCAUCAGGAUUGCCACUUCACCAUCCGUGGUGGCCGCUGGUGCCAGGAAACAGGUCAGUACCAGCUGCCUGUUGUGGUGCUCAUGUUGAGUCUGCCUCACCCCACCAAGAACGCCCCCACCCUGCUCACUCCUGGCAUGAUGGAGAACCUCUUCCAUGAGAUGGGACAUGCCAUGCACUCCAUGCUGGGACGCACACGCUACCAGCACGUGACAGGAACCAGAUGUGCAACUGAUUUUGCUGAAGUCCCAUCCAUCCUCAUGGAGUACUUUGCCACCGACUAUCGAGUCGUAAGCCAGUUUGCACGCCAUUAUGAAACCGGACAGCCUCUGCCUGAGAGUAUGGUGGCUCGCCUGUGUGAGUCUAAAAAAGUGUGUGGAGCUGCAGACACACAGCUGCAGAUUUUCUAUGCAGUCUUGGACCAGAUUUACCAUGGCAAACCACAGAACCGGUCCACCACGGAAAUCCUGAAGGACAUGCAGCAUAAAUUCUACGGCUUACCUUAUACACCCAAUACGGCUUGGCAGCUAAGAUUCAGCCACCUAAUUGGUUAUGGAGCCAAGUACUACUCCUACCUCAUGUCUCGAGCCGUGGCUUCCAUGGUGUGGAAACAGUGCUUCCUUCAGGAUCCUUUAAACAGGGACAUGGGUGAGCGUUACCGCCGGGAGAUGUUAGCCCAUGGAGGAUCCAAGGAGCCCAUGCUGAUGGUGGAAGGCAUGCUGCAGAAACGGCCCACCAUUGAGGACUUUGUGGACGCACUGGUGUCUGAACUCAACCCAAACUUUGAGACUUUCAUCAUGGACUCUGAAAGCUGAGAAACAGAAACA